AUGGAAGCUACUGACUUUCUGAAGAAAACUACUGAGGCCUUUGCCAAGGCAAGUGUGUCCGGCUUGGUCCUAGGGGCGUGGAAUGUGUGGAAGCAGGAGGAAACAAAAGUGGAAACUCUGAAGAUCAACAGCAAGGCCAGGUCCUGGUGGUCGAUAUCCUCGCCAACAAUGCUGGGAUUGGCGUAUGAAGUCUCGUCAAGGAUAUCGACAUUGAUAAGUAUUAAGUGGUGGCACGACAUGGUAGUCAACGUCAAAAUGGCGGACAUGAGCGCCCUUGCGCACUUUGCCCAGGAUGAAGAGGCCUACCGUCGACCUUUGCACCACCCCGGUAUGACCACAACUUCACGGCAAUUCAGUGAUACGUCAGCUGGGCAGGAUGCACUGGUGUUGUGGGAAGUACCAUUGCCUCCACAGUAUCUUCCUCGUACUUCACAUCCAUCAUCCCCAACAUCUUCUAUUCACUCGAUAUAUACCCAAUACGACCCUAAUUGGUGUACCGUCGUUCCCUCAUAG